AUGGAGCGCGUGAUGCGCCUAGGCGACGACUCCGGCAGGAUGAUGAUGUUGUCGCGGUGUGCCAGAUCCGCAUCCGCGUCGGCAUGGGGUCGCGGAGUCGAAGGCGUCGGCGGAGGGCUGGGCCCAGCGGCAGCCAUCAAGGCAAGCACAGGGCCGGGCAGCUCGACAGCGGCCCCCUCAUGGUCUUCUACGGGGGCGGGGGCAUCCUCUGGUGGAGGGGGAGGGAGAGGAUCUGGUGGGCGCGGGCGCUUGGCCUUUGGCUUGGUGUCGGGGGUUGAGAAGGAGGAUGUCGAGGCGGCGGCGGAGGAGGUCAAAGCGGCCGAUGAGUUGAGGGUGCGGGAUGAGCGGCGGGUGCGGCCGAGGGGUGCGGAUGAGGCCGAAAGGGCGGCCUGCGAGGCGAUGGCGAAGGCGAAUUCGCGCUUGAGGCCCGCGUGGACGCCGGAGCACAGCACGAAGGAGUCGCCGCCGCCAUCCGCCUCGCCCUCCAUGGAGGAGGAGCCCAACAGCCUCCUCUCUUCCCUCAAAUCCUUCCUUUCCCUGACCUUUCCUUGGAGUAUGCCGUCAUCUUCAACUCAUUCGACGACGGCCGCCUCUGCCGCCGAGGAGGAGGAAGAAGUGGAACUGGGAUUGGAUCGAGAUGGAAGCUAG